AUGACCAUGCGCGUGCUGUUCUGUACCAGCGCCGUGCAGACGCGUGCUGUCUCGUGCUGGGCUCGCAGUUUUUCGACGCUUCACACCUCCACUGAUACGGUUACUCGCUCUCCUACAGCACUAGGCAUUGUACCUCGUCGCUCUAACGUUGCAAAGGCUCCUAUUGAUAUCCAGACGGCUUUGAUCAAGUGCAAGACCCAGAAGACGCGCAAGUUUGACGAGACGGUGGACCUUGCUAUUCAAUUAGGUGUGGAUCCUCGCAAGCCUAAUCAGAGCGUACGUGGUGUGGUGAGUCUACCGAACGGUACGGGCAAGCAAGUGCGCAUCGCCGUGUUUGCUCGCGGCCCGAAGGCUGAAGAGGCAAAGGCUGCUGGUGCUACUAUUGUUGGUGCUGAAGACCUUGUGGAACUGGUGCAAAGUGGAAAGCUUGAGUUUGAUCGCUGUAUUGCAACGCCUGAUGUGAUGCCGUUGGUGGGCCGCGUAGCCAGAAUUCUUGGACCUCGCGGUCUCAUGCCCAACCCAAAGCUGGGCACGGUGACGCAGGAAGUUGGUGAUGCUAUUGCAGCAGCACGUGGUGGUCAGGUGGAGUUUCGUGCGGAGAAGAAGGGUAUUAUUCAUGCUGGCGUGGGCAAGAUGAGCUUCUCGAAAGAGGCACUGCUAGAAAACGUGCGAGCUUUUAUGGUUGCGCUCAGUGACGCCAAACCAGAGGGCGCAAAGGGCAAAUACAUUAAGGCUGCUCACUUGAGCUCUUCGAUGGGCCCAAGCUACAAUUUGGACAUCAAGUACCUGGAUCCGGCUUCGACGUUUUUCAUGCGCUUCCAGUAA